AUGCGGAGAGAGGACGACGGGGACGGGGACGCCGCGCCCGAGGCGCUGCCAGCCCCCCGGGGCGCCGGCCGCGCGUGGCAGGACUUCCAGGCUCGACUGGGGGACGAGGCCAAGUUCAUCCCCAGGAAAGAGCAAGUUAGUACCUUGUAUCAAAACAUCAACCUUGUGGAGCCGAGACUGGUUCAGCCAUACGAACAUGUUAUAAAGAACUUCAUCCGUGAGAUCAAACUUCAAAGCACAGAGAUGGAAAGCCUGGCCAUCGCGGUGAAGAGAGCCCAGGACAAGGCAGCCAUGCAGUUGAGUGAGCUGGAGGAGGAAAUGGACCAGAGGAUUCAGGCUGCAGAACACAAGACGCGGAAAGACGAAAAACGCAAAGCUGAGGAAGCCCUCAGCGACCUCAGACGUCAGUAUGAAACAGAGGUGGGAGAUCUACAGGUGACGAUAAAGAAACUGAAAAAGCUAGAAGAACAAUCGAAACAUGUAAGUCAAAAAGAAGAUGUGGCUGCAUUAAAAAGACAAAUUUAUGACUUAUCGAUGGAAAAUCAGAAAGUGAAGAAAGAUCUUUUGGAAGCACAGACAAGCAUAGCCUUUCUUCAGAGUGAAUUAGAUGCUUUGAAAAGUGAUUAUGCUGACCAGAGUCUGAAUUCUGAAAGGGAUCUGGAAAUAAUCCGAGAGUACACGGAAGAUCGAAAUAAUCUUGAGAGGCAAAUUGAAAUACUCCAAACAGCUAACCGGAAGCUGCACGACAGCAACGACGGCCUGAGGAGCGCCCUGGAAAGCACGUACAGCAAGUUCAGCAGGUCCUUGCGUGUAAAUAAUGUAUCGCCAGGGAAUACAAUUUCUAGGAGCAGUCCCAGAUUUAAUGGUCAUUCUCCUCAACCUCCGGGCUAUGACAGGUCAUCCCGCUCUUCCUACGUGGAUGAGGACUGUGACUCGCUGGCCCUCUGUGAUCCCAUGCAGAGGGUGAAUUAUGAGCUUGACAGCCUGCCCGAGAGCUGCUUCGACAGUGGCUUGUCCACCUUGAGGGAUUCCAAUGAGUAUGACUCGGAGGUGGAAUACAAACAGCAGAGGGCAUUUCCGAGGUCCCACGGCACGCAGGAGAGCUUUGCGGGCGAUGCUUCAGACACAGACGUUCCUGACAUAAGGGAUGAAGAGACAUAUGGUUCAGAAGGUGUGGCUUCCGUCUUAGACUGGAAGCCCCAGGGGUCCAUUAGUGAAGGCAGCGUUGUUAGUUUUCCAAGAAAGCCCAUCUUGGCACUUUCACCCCAGACAGACCUGGCGGACAAUAACAGAUCUCCCAGCUCACAGAAGGCUUACAAGAUCGUGCUUGCAGGGGACGCUGCUGUGGGGAAGUCUAGUUUCCUCAUGAGGCUUUGCAAGAAUGAAUUUCGAGGAAAUACGAGUGCCACCCUGGGAGUUGAUUUUCAGAUGAAGACUCUCAUUGUAGACGGAGAGUGCACGGUUCUGCAGCUCUGGGACACAGCCGGUCAGGAGAGAUUCAGAAGUAUUGCCAAGUCCUACUUCAGGAGAGCAGACGGUGUCCUGCUGCUGUAUGAUGUUACGUGUGAGAAGAGCUUUCUUAAUGUACGAGAAUGGGUGGAUAUGAUUGAGGAUGCAGCCAGUGAGAGUAUUCCUAUCAUGAUGGUGGGAAACAAGGCUGACCUUCGUGACGCGGCUGCUGCAGAGGGAGGAAAGUGUGUCGCAGCGUACUUCGGAGAGAAACUGGCCAUGACCUAUGGGGCAUUAUUCUGUGAAACAAGUGCCAAAGAUGGUUCGAAUGUAGUGGAAGCUGUUCUCCAUCUUGCCAGGGAAGUGAAAAAAAGGACUGAUGAAGAUGACAGCAAAUCCAUUACCAACCUGACUGGAAGCAGUUCCAAACAGUCAACCCACAUGAAGAACUGUUGCAAGGGUUAAACCCGAAACGCCUUGGCCUGUGAAGUCUUCCUUUCCAGAACACAGAAUUUGUGGGACUCGUUUGCCUCUUAUGUAGGGUGGUGCAGCCUACAGACACUGUCACAUGGAGAGUUACAGUGUGGCAGAUCUGAACUGUGUUCUUGGGUCCCUCCAGAACCUUGACUCUUCAUUGCUAUGUUUCCAUGAACAGUUUGGGCUCCCUGGCUAAAUAUAAUUGUCUUGCCCUUACAGAGUCUUAAACGAUAGGGUGUAAAAGUUUUUUAAUUGCUGAGAUCAAAGCUGUAGAAAAAACUCACAUAGAAGAUUCAUGCCGUAGCUGACAUCUAUGACAACAUUUCCUUCAAAUAUUCAAUACUAGAGUACUGGUAAAAGGGGAUUACCAUCCUGGCUUUGCUGUUAACUAGGCUUGUGGUCUUGGACAUGUCACCAACCCCCGUUAGAUCUGUGCCCUCAUCUGUACGACAGGGCAGCUUGGCCUGGCCAGCCUUUGCCCUCUCUCACAUUCUGUAGCACUUUUUUUUUUUUUUUGUCCAUGGGAAGGAGAGUGCGAUAACCCACGGUUAAUAAGGACUCCAGUUGUUUGUACUUUCAAAAUAUUGGAGUGUUGAUUUCUCACUUCUGAAACAAGAACAGAAUUUUAUUGAGGAAAAAAUGAUAAUUUUCAGCCUUCAGUAGAGACAGGAAAAUCUAUUUUUGUAUGCAUAAAGAAAAAAAACAUUCUUAUGAUGAAAAUAAUUCUAUAUUAAAGAGGGUAUUUUAUAAUCUCAGAAAA